AAUUCAAACAUUUCAACUAAAUCGGAUUCUAAAAGCACAAUUCACGUCCGCGUUCCCCCCCAGAACUGAUACUUCCUUUCACGGCUCUUUUGAUAUUUUUUCGUGUUUUAUCUGUUUUGAGUUCGAUUUGGUUGUAAUAUAUACAUAUAUUUGCGGCUUUACUCUCCUUUUUCUACUACAUUUUAUAAUCUGGCUAUGGACUACGAGCCCUAUGAUAGCAGCGGAACGGAUGAUGAUCUACCUCCGUCACAUCAAAGUAGGAUUCCAAGAGGUGGUGGCCGCAUUGCUGGAAAUGGAAGAUCUGCUGUCAGAGGUUCUAUACCUCGCGCGAGGAUGUAUGGUGAAACUGACAUGGAGGCCCAAAUUCACCAACUUGAGCAAGAAGCAUACAGUUCAGUUCUAAGAGCCUUUAAAGCUCAAGCUGAUGCCAUUACUUGGGAGAAGGAAAGCCUCAUAACUGAGUUAAGAAAAGAGUUAAGAUUGUCCAAUGAGGAACAUCGAGAACUUCUUGCUAGAGUAAAUGCUGACGAUGCUAUCCGAAGAAUAAGGGAGUGGAGGAAAUCUAGUGGACAUGAAUCCAGUAUGCUUGGUACUGGUCCAGCUGUUCAUGAUCCAAUGCCCAGUCCUUCUGUAUCAGCUUCAAGGAAGAAACAGAAGAUAGCCUCAACUUUACCAUCUCACUCCUUUGCUGGACCAUCUCCUACUUUUCAUCAACCUGCUGGGACUGCUGCAAACCAGCCAUCUUCAUCCGCUGCUAAAAGAGGGCCUAUGAUGGGGCCUAAGGGCAAAAAGCAUAAAUCUGGCCAGAUGAUGCCCGGUGCGUCUUCAGUGAAAAUGCAUAAUCCUUCCUCUGGUCCAUCUGGAAGAGGCCAAUUUGGUAACCGGGUUUCUGAAGCUGCUGAAGCUGCAUCAUCUGAUCCAUUGAUUGGAAGGAAAGUAAGAACUAGAUGGCCUGAUGACAAUAAUUAUUAUGAAGCGGUCAUAACUGAUUACAAUGCAGCUGAGGGUAGACAUGCUCUUGUUUAUGAUAGGGGUACUGCAAAUGAGAUGUGGGAAUGGGUCAAUCUUACAGAGAUCUCUCCAGAGGAUAUCCAGUGGGAGGGUGAAGAUCCUGGAAUUUCUCGUCAUGGAAACUACAGUGGAUUAGGGCGUUGCAUGAAUAGACCUGUUGGACGUGAUAGUGCUCCAGCUGCAGGUAGAGGUAGGGGUUUGCCUAAAGCUCAAUCCAGAAAAGAUUUUCCAUCAUCACAGAAUGGCAUAGCAAAGAAGAGAUAUGAUGAUAUUCAGCUACUUCACACUGAUACAUUGAUUAAAGAGGUGGAGAGGGUCUUUGGUGCUACUCAUCCAGACCCUCAGGAGGUUGAGAAGGCAAAGAAGGUAUUGAAGGAGCAUGAACAAGCACUUCUGGAUGCUAUUUCAAGGCUUGGAGAGAUAUCUGAUGGAGAUAGUGAUGAACGGCAUUUCAUGCACGGGCAAGCGAUGGAUCAGGAAUGAUAGACAGACAUCUCGUAAAUGGUAAUUAGCUGUGAAGAGCUGCUGUCACUUAACUAGCUGUGAAGAACUGCUGUCACUUAACUAACAGCCAAAUGGGCGGGGCGUAUAUAUUUUGUUGAUAGUCACCACUACGUUAAAACACCAGAUUAAUAUUUGUCUGUUGUAUAAUGCCUACUUCAGAAAAUGUAUGCUAACAUUAAAUUACUCUAGUUUAGAUUCUUAGCAUAGGCCAGUCUGUAGCUGGGUGAUUGUUUCCUGUAGUUGCAGGUUCUUGCCCUUGUAAAAUUAUCACAUUAGCAAUUAGCAUGUGAUUAUGUAAAUAGUUUUAUUAACAGCUGGUGCCUAAAUUGCGGCAUCCCUGUCUUUCUUGUGCUCAUUGGAAUCAUGGCAAACAACUCAGUUGAAGCUCUA